AUGCGCCCGAUGCUCAAAUGCAGAUCAUUGGUGCCCGUGAGGUGCUGUUAUAACACUUUUGUUGCCAGGAGGCUUUUCGGGAGUUCACCUGUGGUAGGAAGCUCCAAAGCGGUGAAAUUUAUAAAGUCGCAGAGACGCAGACAGAAGAACGAGGCUAAACAGGCUAGUUUGCAUAUGGUUCUGGACAAUGUUGACCCUGUCUUUGGGAGACCUGAUACUCCCUUCAUAAACCGUAUUAUAGCGGAAAUUCGGGAGCCCUCUGUUCUUUCUCGUGGGUAUAAUACUACGGAGUUGGAUAAACUGCUCGCUGCAGUGGAACCUACUGAAAGAGAACAGAUUGGGCUUGCUGGGUUCAACGAGGAGACCUUCCCCCGAGAGGACAUAAGCGUUAUAGAAAAUAGGAGAGAGGCGAUAAUGAGAAUACUGAGUAUGAAAAACUCGAGCAAUAAAGAGAGAACGAAGCUGGCAUUGAAGCUGGCUCGUGAAGAGUUUCAGCGUUUCGAGGGGGACACUGGGUCCAGCGAAGUGCAAGCUGCAUGUCUGACUGUACGGAUUCUAAAUAUGGCACACCACGUUCAAGAACAUAAAAAAGAUAACGCCAACACGAGAAUUCUUAGAAUACUAGUGCAGCAGCGACAAGGUAUACUAAAAUACCUGAAGAAGGAUAAUGCUGAGCGCUACUACUGGACACUGGAGAAGCUCGGCUUGAACGAUGCAGCCAUAAUCAAUGAGUUCAACAUGGAUAGGAGAUACAUGCAAGAGUACAAAUUUUUCGGUGACAAGAUUCUGAUUAAAGACUCGAAGAAGGUUCUUGAACAGAAGCGGAAGGAUUUGAGAAAGCAGAAACAGGCACAGGCUUUUGAAUGA